AUUUGGGUUUACAGAACACUAUAAGCGUCAAAAAGUAAUUACCAAGUGUGUAUAAUGCGGCCGCACAGAUGCACAAAAGCUGAGCUCAUUUUGAUCGCCGUCACAUGGAUACCACUGCUGCCUCUUCUUCAUUUCUGUGUUGAAGACUUCUUCAGCAAGAUAUCAAAGUCCAGAGAAGCUAUAUGCCGCGAAUCUGUAAUCCGCGAAGUGAAAGAUGCAGGUGGGGAGAAAGAUUGGAUUUCCGCUCAAAUGAUACGUCUUCAUGAUAUGUUCAGUAACUACAGCCAAAACCACACGAAUACACCGCGUACGAGACUGUUUCCAGUAUCAUCUUCAAUCGGUCACUCUCAUGAGAUUCUUCGACGUAGAGCUAUACACUACUUGCAUGAAAUGAAAUACGCUUCAGUCGGACUGCACAAGAUCGCUCAAAGUCUCGAAGAAUUCAGUAAUCUGCAUGAAAAUAAUACAAACAUCUCGUCAAUCAGAAUGUCACUGGAAAGAUAUGAAAUUCAGCUACACGAAAUCAUUGAACACAUGGAAGCCCAUCUGAAAGAAUUGGGUGAAACAGAUGGCUUUUCAAGAUUUCGAAAAACCGGUUUGAACCAACUCGCUGAAACAGUACAGAAGCGGAUUCGACAACUCCAGAAUCCGACGAACUGCCAAACUGCCAAAUAUAUUACAUUCGACUUUACGAAUUUAUGUGGAUUCGGAUGCUCUGUUCAUCAACUAACUGCGUGCUUACAUAUGGCCUUUGAACUUGAACGAGUUUUGGUUUUGAAGAAGCACUCUUCUGGAGACAUUUUCCGUGAAUGGCUUAAACAGAACACAAUACCACUCUCGGAGAAAUGUAGUUAUGAAGACUUGAAUGAUAAAACAGAUGUUAUCGAAUGUCCUCUGUUAGCAUAUAUUCCGUCAGAUUACGACUGGAUUCCAAACGUGCUACCUAGAGAUUUAGCUGAAGAAUUAAUAUAUUUGCAUGAAGCACCGUAUGCCUGGUUUGCUGGUCAAUUGACCGCAUACGUUUUGCGUCCUAACGUGCAUCUUUCUCAGCUAAUCAACCAAAGUUUGAGUGGAUUUAGGCGGAGUGAUCAUCCAGUGGUUGGUGUGCACAUAAGACGCACAGACAAGCUUAUUCGGGAAGCUCAGUCAUAUGAUUUGAAAGAGUACAUGAAGCAUGUGGAAGAUUAUUUCAAUUCACUUGAGAAUACUACACCUCUUUUGAAGCCCGAAAUAUAUAAUUCGAAUGGCUACAACAUGAAUAAUCACACAAAGGAUAUUGGACGUUUCACACACAGAAACAGAAGUGUUUAUUUGAUGACAGAUGAACCUUCUCUCUUCAACCAGUUCACCACGAAUUAUCCAGACUAUAUUCUAUAUGGCAGUCAGAGAAUAUCAAUGUCAGCUAGUGUACGAAAUCGCAGAAGCAUUGAUUCAAUGAAUAAUGCAUUCACUGACACACUGGCUUUAUCAGAAACAGAUUUUCUGGUGUGCACAUUUUCAUCAAAUAUGUGUCGUCUGGCGUAUGAAUUAAUGCAGACACGUCACGAGGAACUGGGUGAUGCAUCACAACUGGUUAAGUCUCUCGAUUUUGUUCACCAUUCAGAGGACUUCUGGAAAGUCAAAUUUGAUGUGCUGAUACCAGAUUUGAGAGCGGGACUGAACUAUGGCGAUUUGGUAAAGUCAAACGGAAAUCACUGGAACGGUUUCUCAUCCAACGUCCUCAUGUGGCGUAAUGAUGUUCGAAGUGUGGAUGGACAACAGAAACUAUCGAGUGUCAAGCAAACGAAUUCAUUUAAUGUGCCUGCAUAUAAAUUCAGACCUGAGUUGAAAAUAUCCAACUUCAUUUGGUUGUAGAAGUAAAAAUCACCUUCAGGUGUAAUGCCUAACACCUGUUAUGUCUGUAAUAUUUCUACCUUGAUUUCUUAUUUACUGACUUACACAAUA